AUGAGCCUGGUGUCCACCGGCUGCGUUGCGCUGGUCUGGCUGGCUGCCGGCCUGCUGGCAGUCGCCACCUGGCUGUGGGCCGCCCGCCGCCGGACGUCGAUCCCAGGACCCCCGACGCUGCCGCUGCUGGGAAACGCGCUCAGCUUCUACCAGCUGCCCGUGCUGUGGGGCCGCCUCGCGGAGCUGCACAGUCGCUACGGGGACAUCUUCAGACUCUACGUGGGCCCGAAGCUGGUGAUUGUGCUAACACAGCCAGAAGACGUCCAGCGCCUGCUUUUGGGCAGCAAACCGCGACAACGCGAACCCUACGUUGCGCACGUACUGCGUACAUUUAUGGGAGACGGGCUGCUCACCAUCAACGGCGAAACCUGGAAAAGACACCGAAAGAACCUCGAGCCGGCGUUCCAUAUAGAAGAGCUGGAGAAAUUCAUGGAGAAGUUCAACGACGCUGGGCGUUUCUUGUGCGAGCAGCUGGCGGAAAAUAAAGGAGCAGAGGUGGAACUGUACCACCCACUCAUGCACACUGCUUUUCGUGCGGCUGUAGCCACUAUUUUCAACAUCGACGUGGACUGUAUUUUACCAGGUCGUUUCCGGCAGGCUGAGGUGGUUGAUCUAGCGACUGAUUUCGGAAAAACUUUACCGGCAAUUAUAUACCGUCCAUGGACAACAGUCAACUUGACGAGGUGGAUGACUGCACAAGGUCGGAAACUGUCAAGAUUUAAUACUGUUAUCAAAUACAUAAUUGAUCGUGGUAUUGCCUUAGCCAGCAAAAAUGUUGAUGGCCUAAAGGCCAAUGAUAGAACACUCCUCACCUUCCUUCUUAAGGAAGAACAUUCAGGCACGAGAUUUACUGACAAGGAAUUAAGUGAUGAAGCAAUGACACUAGGCAUUUCUAGCAUCGAGACGACUUCUUGCGCGACGGGCUACGUGCUGUGUGCGCUGGGACUCUACCCGGAAUGGCAGGACUUGGCACAGCGCGAGCUGGACGACUGUUUCGGAACUGGGGGCGACUACCUACGACCUGUCACCACUGCAGACCUUUCCCAGCUGAAAGUCAUCGACGCCAUUAUGAAGGAGACUGGGCGGCUGUUCACGACGGUGCCCUGCAUGCCGUACCUGGUGGCUGAGGACACACCGCUGGCAGGCGGCCGCCACGUCGCGCCCCAGGGCAGCACGGCGCUCAUAGCCUACUACCUGAUGCACCGCCACCCCGAGCUCUUCUCCCAGCCGGACAAGUUCGACCCCGGCCGUUUCCUGGAGGGCGGCAGCGCCACGUUCAGGAAACCCUACAGCUACAUCCCUUUUGGCAUGGGCGCUCGCAAGUGUAUUGGCAGCCGAUAUGCAGUACUGCAGAUGAAAGUCAUCCUAGCGACGGUUCUGCGGCGCUACAGAAUACUUCCCGGAACGAGCAGGGAGGAACUGGAAGAGAGUGUGAUCUCAUUAUCAUCUCACCCAAUAACAGGCUUCAGAGUUACUUGUAUCCCACGAGAAAACUUGCCCUCCAAUUCAGUGUAAGAGAGGACUGUAUUACUUUUUUUUAUGCAGCCCACCAAGGAUUCCAAUCCUGCGCCAACCUUGUCAGAGUGUUACUUGCAACCUACAUCCUCAAUUAUUAGCUGGAUGUAUUCCACUCACUGUCUUCCUCUACAGUUUCUAUGGCCUACAAAUUAUUUUCAACAUUCAUCUCUAGCACCACAUGCCAAAUGAUUUGAUUCUCUUCUGUUUGAGUUUUCUCACAAUCCAUGUUUCACUACCACACGACGCUAUCCCCCAGACGUACACUCUCAGAAAUUUCUUCCUCAAAUUAAGACCUGUGUUUGAUACUAGUAGACUCGUCUGGUCCAGGUAUGUCUUUUAUGCCACUGCUAGUGUGCUUCUUCAGCUCAUGCUCCGUCCAUUCUCGGUUAUUUUGCUCCCUAGGGAGCAGAAUUCCCUAACUUCAUCUACUUCAUCAUCACCAAUCUCGAUGUUAAGUUUCUCGCUGUUCUCAUUUCUGCUUCUUCCCAUUGCUUUCGUCUUUCUUCUGUUUGCUCUCAGUCCAUAUUCUGUAAUUAUUAGACUGUUCAUUCCAGUCAACAGAUCCUAUAAUUCUUCUUCACUUUCACUGAGAAUAACGAUGUCAUCAGGAAAUCUUAACACCAGUAUCCUUUUACCUUGAAUUAUUUAGUACAUUCUUGAACAUUUAUUUUAUUUCCAUCAUUGCCCUCGAACCUUUCUUUUAUUUCCAUCAUCGCCCUUGAACCUUUCUUUUGUUUCCAUCAUUGCCCUUUCUAUGUAAAGUUGAACACACAUUUAAUACUAGCACUUUAUUCUUGGUCUUCCAGUCUUAUAGUUCCCUCUUGGCUCUUGUUCAAUGUGUAUAUUACCCUUCUUUCGCUGUAGCUUACCCCCAUUUUCCUCAGAAUUUCGAAAACCUUGCUCCUUUUCACGUUGUCUAACGCUUUUUCCCGGUCGACAAAUCCUAUAAAAGUGUUUUGAUUUGUCAGUGCUUUGGUUUCCAUUACGAGCCGCAACAUCCGAACUGCCUAUCUGGUGCCUUUAGCUUUCCUGAAGACAAACUGAUAGUCGUCUAACAGAUCCUCAAUUUUAUUUUCCAUUAUUUUGUAUAUUAUUCUUGUCAGCAACUUCGAUGCCUUAGAUGUUGAGCUGAUUGUGCAAUAAUUCUCAUACCAGCCGGUUGUUUCAGUCUUUGGAAUGGAGUGGAUGAUAUUCUUCGAAAAGUCAGAUGAUAUACUGCGAGACUGAUACAUUCUACACAUCAACGCGAAUAAUCGUUUUGUUGUAAAUUACCCCAGUGAUUUUAGAAAUUAUGAAAGAAUAUUAUCCACCGUUUCUUGUCUUAUUCGAUCUUAAGUCUUCCAAAGAUCUUUUAAAUUCUGAUUCUAAUACUUGAUCUCCUAUCUGUUCUACAUUGACUCCAGUUUUUUCUUCUGCCACCUAAGACACGUCUUCACCCUCAUACAGGCAUUCAGUGUACUCUUUCCACCUAUCUGCUCUCUGACUUGCAUUCAGCAGUGGAACUCCCACUGCACUCUCAGUAUUACCAUAUUUGCUUUUAAUUUCUCCAAUAGCCGUUCUGACUUUUCUGUAUGGUGAGACAGUCCUUCCAAAAGUCAUUUCUUUUUCGAUUUCUUCACAUUUUUCAAGCAGCCAUUUCUCCUUAGUUCUCCUGAUGGCACUAACUAUUUCAUUCCUAAGUAACUAGUAUUUCAGGAUUCUUGAAUAUCCCUGAACAUUUUUGUACUUCCUCCUUGCAUUGAUCAAAUGAAGUAUUUCUUCCAUUACCCCUGAUUACUCGCAGUUACCUUCUUUGUACCUAUGUUUUUCUUUACAACUUCUGUGAUUGCUGUUUUGAGAGAUUUCCGUUUCUUCUCAACUGAACUGUCUAGUGCCUACUGAGCUAUUUCUUAUCGCCAUAUCUGUACACCAGCGACUUCAAGCCUGUCUAUUCGUUCCUUAGUACUUCCUUAUCCCACUUCUUUGUGCCUUGAUUCUUCCUGACUAGUCUCUUAAUUUUUAGACUACUCUUCAUCACUAUUAAACUGGGUACGUCUACAAUCGAGCAUCUGAUUUUGGAAUCUAUGCCUCACCGCGAUGCAAUAUAACUUAGCUCUUUCCAUAUCUCCCAGCCUCUUCCAAGUAUAUCUCCUCCUCUUGUGAUUCUUGAACAGAGUAUUCGCUAUUAUUAGCAGAAAGUUAUUGUAGAGCUCAGUUCAUCUUUCUCCGCUCUCAUUCUUAUUGCCAUGUCCAUAUUCUGCAAUAAUAGUUUCUUCUACUCCUUCCCCUACAACCGCAGUCCAAACCCCCAUGCUUAUUACAUUUCCAUCUCCAUCUAAUUACUGAAUUACCUUUUUAGUAUCCUCAUGCCCUUUGUCUCUUCAUCUUCAGCUCGCGAAUUCGAGAUGUAUACCUGAAAUACCGUUGUUAGUCCGAUGAUACUAGGCCUCUCACUGAACUGUUCACAGUAACUCUCGCUCUUUCCUACCUUCCUAUUCACAACGAAUCCUACUCCAAUUAUACCAUUUUCUGCUACUGUUGACAUUACUCUAUAUACUCAUCUGACCAGACGUCCUUGUCUUUUUUCCAUUUCACUUCACUAAUCCCAACUAUAUGUAGAUUGAAACGUCGCAUUUACCUUUACAGAUUUUCUAGCUUCCAAAAAGCGUUCAAACUUCUGAUAUUCCAUGCCUCAACUAACAGACCACUAUCCUUUCGUUUCAGGGUCACCUCUCUCUUGGCAGUUCCAUCCCUGAGAUCCGAAUGCGGGCCUAGUCCAGAAUCCUUAGCCAAUGGAGAGAUCAUUAUAACACUUUUUCAAUCACAGGUCACAUGUCCAGUGCAUACAUAUUAUGUGCCUUUAAUGCAAUGGUUUCCAUUAGCUUCUGUAUUCUCAUGCCGUUGAUCAUUGCUGAUUCUUCCGCCUUUGGGGACAAUUUACCACCCCAAGGAUAAGAGAGUGCCCUGAACCUCUGUCCACUGCUCUGUCCUCUUUGACAAGACCGUUGGAAGAGUGAGGAUCACUCCUUAUGCUGGAAGAUAUCAGCCAUCGUUGCUGAUGACUUAUAUUCAAAAUUUAAGUGGCGCUGCAGUUCGAACCUGGGACCGAGGACGUUUUGAUUACCAGUCAAGGACACUACUUCCUAGACCACAGGUGUUGGAAAAUUGUGUAGCUGCAAAAUUUCAGCCAUCCUUUAAGUUUUCACAAUGGACGUCAGUGGAACAGAAGGGAAGGUGACAUCACCUUCAGUGGAUGGUAUGUUCAUACUAGAUAGAAUAUUACCACUUGGUCACUUCACUUAGCCUGACGUAGAAUGGUGAAAGUGAGAUUAUGAGAUAUCACCUGUGAUAGAACAAAAUGGAAUAUAUUACCAGAAUUAGGGAAACUUGUUCAAACAACUUAUGGUUCUUCGCCAUUGCAUAUUAUACCCUGAAAAGAGCUGCAUUCCCAUAACACAGUGUAUACAGCAAGGUGACCAACUCUCCUAUAUUUCCUGGGAUUUCCUAUACUAUAGCAGUUUUUUAAUCCCUUCCGGUCUCUUUAUUAACUACCUGUUUCACCUAUAUAUUUCAUCACUGACCAUUGUUAUAAAUGUUAAUCCUGGUACCUGCUAUCGACAUUUUAAAUUACCCAGCGGACAGAUCUGGAAUAGUUUUCAUAUAAUUAUCGGUAGUAUUGACAACAUAGGCUUUUUUCUGUUCAUGCUUCUGUGGAAAGAAGAUAUUUUGUCUGAAGGGAAUAUGAGGAGUGGAGAAAGAAUGACAAGCUAUAUGUCUAGAAGACUCAUGACAGGGGGGAGUAUUUACUUGUUUCUCAGCCAGUACUGGUAACUGUGGAUGCUCUCGCCUCUUACUCAUCAGCACCAAUUGUGUACAUAACACAUGGAAGUAACAAGGAAUCACCGAAGUGGCUUACAGAUACAUUCAUGUUCACACCCACAUUUUACAUUAUUUGUUUCUCAAUUGACUCACACAGCACAACAUGUCACAAAGGUUUGAAACAGCCAGUACUGGUCGAUUGUACAGGAAGAGUUCUGCAGUUUCUGUAAAUAUGUGCUUGUGGGGUAAAAGACCUGCCAGGUUAGCCGUUGGCACUAAUGUGCUUCAUCCUGGACUCAGGUAGGUGCACAGGCUUGGAUCGAAUCAGCCUGGCGGAUUCACGAUGAGGGCUGGUGUACCGGCCAGCCUGGAUGUGGUUUUUAGGCGGUUUUCGACAUCCCACUAAGUGAAUAUCGGGCUGGUCCCUCCUGCCUCAGUUACAUGGCUCGCAGACAUUUGAAAACGUUUGCACUACUUCAUGGCUUACACAAUACACAGCGAGUUGGGGUACUGAAAUUCUGUCACGGAGGAGGGGGGGGGGGGAUGGGGUGGCGAUAGGAAGGGCAUCUGGCCUCCCUCUGACACUAAUAUCACUAAUUCCAUCGCAACAAGGCUGACCCUGCAUUGAAGUGGGACAAAGCUCCAAAGCAACUAAUGUACUUGUAGGGUAAACCUAACGUAUAUAUGCAAAUUUGGUAAAUAUUAUUGUGGUUACUUUUGUGUGAUUCAUGCUGUGGAAAAAUAAUUUUUUUUUUUUUUGGAUGAGAUUCGAUUCAUUUUUCAUUCCAUAGACCCAAAAAUGAGGGAAUUCUCUUUGCAUAGGUUUUGGCACACUGUUCUUGAAUUAACAAGACAAAUGAGUCUUAUCACAUGCUUUAGCAGCCUAAAAAUUUUCUCUUGGUUUGUGGAAUUAUCCCAAAAUACGAUACCAUAUCAUAUAACAGGGUAAAAGUAAGGAAAUUACGCUAGUUUGUUAUAUAUUUAUGUCUCCGUCAUCACCUAUUCCAAGAAAGAGGGACGCAGCUGAAAUUUACUAUGACUAAAUCUCCCUUAAACAUCCCUUAAAACGAUGUUGCUCAUCUUCCUUAAAACCAUGGUCAAAUAUUGAUCACCACAGUGUACAGAAAACCGACACAUGCAUGCGCACGCACGCACACACACACACACACACACACACACACACACACACACAGAGAGAGAGAGAGAGAGAGAGAGAGAAGAA